AUGGCGAUGAUGAUGACUGGCCGUGUGCUGCUGGUGUGUGCCCUCUGCGUGCUGUGGUGCGGUGCCGGCGGAGUUGUAUACGCGAUGGUGGACCGCUGCAGUGAAGGGAACGGGAAUUUAUUGACGCAAAUGAAUAAUGCUGAAAGUGACGGGGUUUUUCCGAGGGCGGACUGCAGUUUGUUAUCCACUCAGAUGGGAUUAAUAAGGGCGGUUGAGGCUGGGGACAAGGAAGGAGCAGAAUUGGGUGGUACAGUCACAUCGGAAAAGCCCAAGCAAUUAUUGUCUGGUACGACGUCAAAAGGUAAUGAUGACGUUUUAACGCCUGGUUCACCAGCACCACUGCCGACACCUAAAGUAUCAGAUCAAGUUGAACAGGAGAAGCCGUUAAAAACGGUUGAUCCAAAUGGAAUUGACGAUACCAGGAAUCCCACAAGCGGUAAGGCAACGGAGUCCCAACGCCAAAGCGCUGGUCAAUCUUCAUCUGGCAGUACUGUCACUCAACCUGGCAAGGAUCACAAUUGGAAUAAUCCUUCCGAGAGUAAUGCAUCCUCCACUGUCAAGCCGACGGAUGACGGUGGCGUUAAUAUUCCUCCUAACAUUCCUGAACGAGGGGCGGGAGCAUUGGAAAAGGUUAAAGAAGAUGAGGAUGAAACGAAAAAACCAAAACAAGCAGUACAAGAAGAAGCGGGAGAACACAAAGAAAACAAAAAUGAUAAUUCACCAACAGGGUCACUUGAAAAUGCAGCGAAAAUGAAAACAAUACCACAAGAAACAUCACCAUCACUAACAAAAGCACCAGCAGAAGUGGCACUGAAAACAAUUGGAAAAACAGAGGGAAAUUCAACACAAGCACGAGUGAAUGGACAGUCGAGCCCUGAAGAUACCGUGCCCGUGCAACAGCUACAACAACCCCAAAGCGAAAUGAAGUCAAACAACAAUUCACAAACUGAGGGCAUUGCCCCCAUCGCAGCCAAUUCGCAGAAUGAACCAUCUGACGGCCAUGCAGAAACAAAGCCACCAUCACCCACGGAAAACGGUAAUUUCGCCAGUAAUGAAGCUGACAAGAGCACUGAAGACAGCACCCCGAAAAAUGAUCCAGCAGCUGAUGGUACAGGAACACGAGAAGAAAAAAAAAAUGAAAAUAAAGAAGCCAAUCCGAAAGAAACAGUGCCAGCCACAAACGCCACAACAGGUGACACGGCGACGCCUGGCGACAGUGACAGCAGCACCGCGGUCUCCCACACCACCUUCCCUCUUUUGCUUCUCCUUGUUGUUGCGUGUGCGGCUGCGGCUGCGGUAGUGGCCGCGUGA